CGUAGCUCGUCACGUAAAUGUCUAACUCGACCGCCACUUCUGAAGAGAAACCAUCGGACGGUUCUAAGGCUGGGUAUUCGUAUGAAUAUGUUGGUAGAGGCAUCGGCCGCAAGGAGCCUGUAUUUGUUAAGGACAACGAGGAGGAAAUGUACCACUUGGAGCACUUCCUGAUCCCCCCACACUACCAAAACGAUCUGAAAAGAAUCAUGUUGCCGAAGGGGCUGAUAUUGGAUCGUACGGAGAAGCUCGCGAUGGAUAUUCGUCAAGUUUACGGCGAUACGGAAUUGCAUUUACUGUGUAUCUUGAAGGGCAGCCGUGGAUUCUUCUCUGAGCUGGUCGGGUACCUCAACCGCAUUCAUAGGUACACUACGAAUAUGCAUCACGCGCCGUACCAGGAGCACUACGUUACAAUCAAAAGCUAUCAUAACACGGAGAGCAUGGGAAAAUUGAAUGUGAUGGCGGAUGACUUAGCAGUUUUGAAGGAUCAAGAUGUGCUCAUCGUUGAGGACAUCAUUGAUACUGGGAAUACUCUGACGAAAUUCUCAAAGUAUUUGGAGGCGUUCGGGCCUAAGUCGAUCAGGGUUGCCACCCUGGUUGAAAAACGGAGUAGUAAAGCGUGCGGAUUCAAGGGGGACUUCGUGGGGUUCUCUGUGCCUGAUGAUUUCAUUGUUGGUUUCUGUUUGGACUACAACGAGCACUUCCGGGAUUUGGAGCAUGUUGCGGUAUUGUCGGACGAGGCCAUCAGGAAGUACGCCAAGUAG